GAUCCAUGCAGGACACACGGCGGUGGCGCGGAUGUUUUUAAUGUCGUAUUUUAUAUUUUUUUCCGCUUCCGCGCGCCUGCUUCCGAUAACGCUCCCGGAGAGGGACUGUUCCCCACAUGGCCAUCGCGUCCCAGAGACGGUGCCGCCGCCGGAGCCUGUGCCAGGCCCCCCCUGGGAUGCCCAAGACGACAUUUCCGGGACAUGCCUGUCCUGACGUGGAAAUCGCAAGGAAAUGGGCCCUUAAACAGAUUAUUGAUGGCUUCAAAAAGGAAAUGCAUGGACACAGAAUUACCCCCUCAGGAAUCUGAAGAUCUUUUUCAGGAUUUAAGCCAACUUCAAGAGACGUGGCUCACAGAAGCUCAGGUUCCGGACAGCGACGAGCAAUUUGUCCCUGACUUCCACUCGGAAAACUCGGUAGCAUUUCACAGCCCCCCAGUGAAGAUCAAGAAGGAGCCUCGUAGCCCUGGCUCCGACCCCAGCCAGUCCUGCAGCCACAAGCAGAGCUUCAGCUACCCCGGUGGGGAGCAGUGCCUUUACGCCAGUGCCUAUGAGCAGAAGAGAGUUUUGGGACCCAAGACCUCGAGCCCCGGGACUCCAAUGUCUCCGAUGCAGCACUACUCCCCGAAACCCACCCUGGGCGUUCGGCCCGACUCGGGGUACAUGAACCCCCCAGGUGGCACCCCGUCCCUACACAGCCACAGCUUUCCCAUGGAGCACAGCUCCAAGUACCCGCAGCCUCCUGCAGAGAUGUGCCCCCAGUACCCAGCCCCGGGCCAGACCAUGCAGCGUGGCCAUGCCGCCCCGGUGGGGGGCGGGGGCGGGGGGGGGGGGGGAGGGGGGUACCAUCGGCAGCUCUCUGAUCCCUGCAUGCCAUAUCUGCAGCAGAGCUUUAAGCAGGAGUACCUCGACCCGCUGUACGACCGGGCCGGUCACAUGGCCGGUGUGGCCCCCCAGCGCUACCCCCCCGCCCACAUGAUGGUCAAGCAGGAGCCCGCCGACUACACCUACGAACCCGAUGUGCCGGGAUGCCCUUCCAUGUACCUGCAAAAUGAGGGCUAUGCUGCCACCAUGCACGGUAACGAAGGCUACUCCUUUGAGAACGACUCCCGCGUUGUCCCAGAGAAGUUUGAAGCGGAGGUGAAGCAAGAGGCGGGCAAUGUAUUCCGUGAUGGCGCCCCCUAUCAGCGCCGCGGGUCCCUACAGCUGUGGCAGUUCCUGGUGGCUCUGCUAGACGACCCAGGCAAUGCUCACUUCAUCGCUUGGACAGGCCGUGGCAUGGAGUUCAAGCUCAUUGAGCCAGAAGAGGUGGCCAGGCUUUGGGGGAUGCAGAAGAACCGUCCGGCCAUGAACUAUGACAAGCUGAGCCGCUCUCUGCGCUAUUACUAUGAGAAGGGCAUCAUGCAAAAGGUGGCCGGCGAGCGCUACGUCUACAAGUUUGUGUGCGAGCCCGAAGCCCUCAUCUCGCUGGCCUUCCCUGACAAUCAGCGGCCCAGCCUCAAGGCCGAGUUCGAGCGCUACGUCAAUGAGGAGGACACCGUGCCUCUGUCUCACCUGGACGAGGGUGCCGCCUACCCACCCGAGGCGGCCGCCCCCAGCAUGGGGGCCCAGCCCUACUCCAAAGGCUACAUGUACUGAAGGCCAGACCCUCUUGCACACACCCCACCUGCCCCCUUGUAUAUAUAUGGCUAUGGUGUUUUUUUUUUUUUUUGUUGUUUAAAUUAAUCCUAUUAGGGAUUCCCAAGGUUUUAAAAGCUGCAUUCUUCUCACUUCUGAGGCCUGUCCAAUCCAAAUACACAAUGGUGGUUAAACUGAUCGCUUAAUAAACACAGAAUAUUAAUACCACAGAGUCAGGCCUUUCCUUCAGCUCUGAAAACUUAAUCAUUACAUAGUUCUUCAGCUCUGCCCUUUGUACUUGCUUGCAACCACCGUACAUGUAUCAAAAUCUGAAAAAUGGUUAUAAUACUGUAUCAUACAAUUUUUACCGUUAACUCUAUAUAUAUAUAUAUAAGCUAUUAAAUGCUGAUACGUAUAACAA